AUGAGUCUCAUUAGCUCAUCUGCUACAGCCCCAACGAGCUCUUGGUGGAAGCCAGCCGCCGGAACAACAUGGCAAUGCGUCCUCGAUCAACCUGUUGGAUCCCUCACUCUGCCCGUUCAAGUCUAUGACUUCGAUCUUUUCGACACACCCCAGUCAUCAAUCGACACUCUCCAUGCAGCCGGCAAGCAAGUUAUCUGCUACUUCUCUGCCGGAACAUACGAGCCCAGCCGCCCGGAUUCUGAUAAGAUCCUUUCGGAUUCAGCGGCUGUUGGUGCGGCGUUGGAUGGUUGGCCAGACGAGAAAUGGCUUGAUAUCAGAACUGAUUUCAUUGUGAACAUCAUGAAAGCUCGUAUCGAUACUGCGGCCUCAAAGGGAUGCGAUGGAGUUGAUCCCGACAAUCUCGAUGGCUACGACAACGGCGGCGGUGGUUUCUCCGAGAACCUCACAUCGACCGACUCCAUCACAUACAUGAGAAAGCUCGCCGACUACGCCCACUCCAAGGGUCUCGCCAUCGGCCUCAAGAACGCCGGCGCCAUCGUGGACUCCACCGUAUCCUUCCUCGACUGGUCCGUCAAUGAAGAAUGCAUUGAAUUCGAGGAGUGCGACAUGUUUGCUCCGUUCAUUAAAGCUGGGAAGCCGGUGUUCCAUAUUGAGUAUUUGAAGCAGAGCCCAGAUGUGCAGAAGGAUUGCUAUGGGCCGAACACGAGUGGAUUUUCGACGAUUUUGAAGCCAGAUGAGAGUGAUUUGCCAGCUACAGUGCAGUUUUGCCCUCCUAAGAGCUCGUAG